CCCUUUAAGUGUUCAUUUGUGAGGAGAGGAUCGGCAUAGUGCUGUUAAGCAUAUGUUUAUAAAAUGAAACUGUCAUUACAACGACCACAAAGUCAUGCGACUGGGGUGAGUUGGGUCACACCCCUUUCCCCCCCACCCUCAACCUGCCUGUAUAAAUUCUGGGAGUCAUGCUGGGAGAACAGAUGCUCUGAGCGUCAGACCGUCAGACAGAGCACUAAGAAAGCCCAGUGGUGCACAUUGCAUUGGCUUGUUUGUUGCCCUCUGACAGAAGACUACUACUGGAAUCAAGUGGAAAAACUCUCACUCACAUUGGCGACUCACCAUCUCCACCAGGCACCAUGGCAGCUUUCCUAGUGUCAUUCCUGCUUCUCUUGCCCUUCACCAUGGCUGGUGAACAUCCUGGCUGCAAGAUCCGAUUCACUUCAAGAGGCCUCGAAAUGUUGAAAUACGAGACACAGAGGUUUGUGGAGGAAGAGCUGAGCAAUAUCACCAUGCCAGACUUGUCAGGAAAAGAAGGACGGUUCCAGUACACCAUCAACAAUGUGAAGAUCACGGAGAUGAACCUGACCCAUGUUGACCUGCGCUUCCAGCCCGACCUGGGUCUGAUCUUUGAGGUGGAGAACUCCUCCAUCACCCUCAACUUCCAGAGGAAGAUCCUCUACUGGUUCUUCUAUGAUACGGGGUACAUUAACGCCUCUGCAGAAGGUGUCAAUAUCAACACAGCACUGAAGCUGAUCAAAGACGAGGGAGGACGCAUGAAAAUCUCCAACAUCACCUGUGACGCCUACAUCACCAAGAUGAAGGCCAAAUUCAGCGGCACUCUUGGGAGAGUGUAUGAAUUCAUCUCAACAUUCCUGACAACCGGAAUGCGCUUCCUCCUAAAUCAGCGGAUUUGCCCAUCCUUGGACCAUGCUGGCCUGGUUUUGAUUAACUCUUUAUUGGACACCAUCCCAGUGCGAUCGGAGGUGGAUGGCUACAUUGGCAUAGAUUAUUCUCUGCUGAACGAUCCAGUGAUCACCGACAGCAGUCUUGACAUGGAUUUUCGGGGUAUGUUUUAUGAACUAAAGAAUGAGAAUAUCACUCUUCCCAACUUGGCCGUAAAUCCCCUUGUGAAGGAAAGCGAUAAGAUGGUCUACCUGGCCUUAUCGGAGUACUUUUUUGACAGCGGGCUGGAUGCUUACCAUAAAGCUGAAAUGUUCAAAACCGAGAUCUCAAAUGGUCGGAUGUCAAAGGAUCUGGAGAUGCUUUUGAGAACAACUUAUUUUGCGACCAUCAUGAUGCUUAACCCUGCCCUGAUGGAGGCGCCCAUCUCCCUGGAGCUGGAGGUCACCGAGCGCCCCAAGUGCACCAUCAAAACAACUGGCGCCAGCGUGGCGGUCAAUGCCCUGGUCAAUGUCCUGGUGCUGCCACCCGGAAAACCACCAGUGCAGCUCAGCAGCAUGACUAUGGAGACCAAAUUCAAUGCCAAGGUGGUGAUGAAGGGGAAGAGGCUCACAGUGCUGAUGGACUUGAGAAGGUUUAAAAUCUUCUCCAAUAAGUCGGCUUUGGAAUCACUGGCGCUGAUCCCCUUGCAGGGCCCUCUGAAGACCAUGCUGCAGAUCUCAGUGGUGCCCCUGAUCAACAAUUACACAAAGAGAGGUGUUCAGAUCCCUCUCGCAGAAGGAAUGGACUUCAUUGAAGAGGUGACAACUUAUCACAAUGGAUACCUCGUUGUCGGAGCCAACCUACAUUUCAGCCGCGGCCUACGAGAGGUGAUCCAGAGCAAGAUGACUGGAGAGAUGGACAACUCUGUGUAGAGUAGUGUCUCUUAACGGGGGCUCUACAGCCCCCCAGGGGGCAUUGGGAAGCCCUGUUGAGAGGGGGCGGUGUUUAGUUGCCAUUGGGUGGCUUUUAGUUCAUUUUAUUUUUUAAUACUGGGGGGGGGGUGUUGUCAGGCUUAUGAUGGGAUCAAAAAAGGUUGAGAACCACUGCUGUAGUAGACAUAGAUGAUCCAUUUCUCAUAAAUGUGGAUUUGAGGCUAAACCACCACAAGAGAAAGUUUUGUUUGGCUCUCGGACCUCAGCCUCCCUGCUGUGUCAAUUUGCAGUGCUAGCUUUACUGUACACAGUUUCUUCUGAUGGGCUAGGACCAGGUAGAGGGGGGAUCAGUACUAAGUCUCAGCCUGCAGGGGAGAUGUAAAUAAUAAGGCAGGGCUACAUGGCACUUGAACUUUCCCAGCCCCUCUAAUAAUGUUUACUGUUGUAUUCGAGUGCACCUACACUACAAGUCAUGUUGAUGGCACAGGGCCCGGAAUACUGUGUGAAUGCUGACCCCAUUUCUCCACAUUACACUUGAGGUAAACAGUAGUCAACAAAUAAAUGAGGAUUCCUCGAAGGACCAGUCAUAUUACCAUGAGAGAGGGGUAGCCAACAUUAUACAGUAAUGAUUUCAAAUUACAUUUGUACAGUAGUAAACCAGGUAAUGUCAAUGAGCACUGUAGAGGGCUUCCAGGUUUAUUAACUAAAGCACUACCUGACUGUUGGGCCCCACUUUUAAUAUACAUAAAAAAACAUUCUUGAUAUUGGUAGCUAUGUUAAGAACCUUUGUAAAAAAUGUUUUUAAAAAAAAUGACGUCAGACUACCUUUGUACAAUACGUUUUUGUAGACAAUGUACUUAUGGUCAACAAAUGUUCAACCAUGUUCUAUUGAUCUAGUUAGCUAUUUAGGUGCUCAGUACGAGGUGGAGGCUAUAGUUAUACCGUCUUCGGACAAUAUUAUAUUAUCUUUCUUUACGGUGUUUGAUAUUUUACAUCAUGUAUUGAGGUUUUGUGGUUGGAUUGAAAUAAAAACCUAAUACUCCAGUGUCUGAUGGGUGUGUACAAUGCCAAUUAAGCAGUACUUUUGCAACUGCAACAAAUAACUUCGAAUCAUUUGAAAAAGCAAAUCCUCAACUCAAUUUUGGAGGAACAAAGCUUUAUUAUAAAAACAAUCAAUACUGCAACAUGAUGAAAUAAUUCCCUUUUUCUGAUACACACAUUUUUUUGCAGAAUUAAACACUUUGAGGCACUCAAACAAGAAAAAAAAACUACAUAACCCGUUACCCGAUUUUUCACAUAACCAAAACAGAAGAAGUAAUCCAACAGUGGCAAUGAUGCUUAUGUUUAUCCCCCCUCCCACAUUGGGCAUAUGAAUACAUGGAAGAAGGAAAACCAUAACAGAUGUGCAUUUUAAAAAGGUGGAUCACCACAGUAGCAGAUUCCAUUUUAAAAAGGUACCACCAUUUAGCUCUGUACUGCUCUACAACCUGGGCAAGAAUCCAACAAUCAUGAGCGUCCAAACAUUCA